CGCGCAGAGCUUGCGUGCUUGAGCAUUCUGAGCUGAGCCGAUAGCUCACACGCAAAGCGCUGGAGCGAAACACUUGUUCGUUUGCAGGGCGCGUAUUCAGUUACUGUUUGACAUUCGCAUUAAAAACAUACGACAAUUGCUGCUCCACAGUAAUCACGCUCGCAAUAACCGCACAAGAUAUGAUCGUUAUGGCUACGCAAGUUCAAGCAUUUUCAGUGAAUUUUAUUGCCACCAAAGUGGUUAAACUGCUUUUUGUGUUUGUGAUUUUGGCAAGCGCGUUAAUUUUAUGUGAUGCGUCACCUGCGGAAGACAGUUUGCAGCAUAAACGUGUAAAACGUAUUGUGGGUGGUCGCCAAUCGAAAGCGCCACCUCCCGACGAUCCGGUCGUAUUUACGCGCACUUUCAAUCGCGAUGCACGCGUCGAAGGUUUUCGUAAUGUACGCACCGGCAUCUACUCAUUUCUCGGCAUGCACUAUGCCGAACCGCCAAUUGGUCUAUUGCGUUAUGCGCGUCCAGUCUACAAGCGUAUGGCCGGUGAUAUUAAUGCGACAGAAUAUGGCUCGCCUUGCGUACAACCGGAUCCAUAUGAUCCAAGACGCGUGGUAGGUAAUGAAAACUGUUUACUUUUGAACGUGUUUACACCACGUAUGCCGGAUGAAAGCACCGGUUUGCCAGUCUACGUUUGGAUACAUCCGGGUGGCUUUCGUUAUGGUUCUGCAGCGCAAUAUGACGCGACACCUAUGGCACAGCAAGGUAUAAUAGUCGUAACGCCGCAAUACCGGCUUGGUUCGUUGGGUAUUAUGGGUGAUGGCACUAAGGAGUUCGAUGGCAAUUUGGCGAUCUUCGAUAUGGCUGCGGCUUUACGUUGGGUUAACGAUUAUAUACAACAUUUUGGCGGCGAUCCAAAACAAGUCAAGGCUAUUGGUCAUGGUUCGGGCGCAGCGAGUGCAAUGUAUUUGUCGAUGUCACGUUCGGCACGUAGUGCGAGUGAUAUAUCGGGUGUGGUGGCGAUGUCCGGUACGGCAUUGUCGCAAUAUGCGACCGACAAGGAGCCCGUACAGAGUGUGGAGGAGGUGGCGAGCAUUAAUGGUUGUCCGACAACGAAUGAGUUGGCGAUUGUGCAGUGCUUAAGAGAGAAAUCUGCCGAGGAAAUUAUACAAAAUGACUCGCAAGUCCAAACGGAACGUCUCGCCGGUCGCGCCAUUGUUACAGGACUCACUGGCAGUGCCGGUUUCACGCCGCACAUCGAGGGCGAAAACGAUGGACGUGCCUUACCAAGCUUGAUUGUGGGUGCACCGGAGGAACAGUUGCGUAGUGGCAACUUCACACCCAUACCGUUGUUAACGGGCGUCACAAAACACGAGACCGCGAACGCAGUUAGCAUCGGCACGCUUAAUCGAAUCUUCGGUUCAGUAGAAGAAUUUCUCAGUUCACUCACCGAUGUUCUGAAAGAUUUAACAGGCUUUUUGCGUGUCGAUAAAGUCACAGGAGAAAUCUUAAAACCCGUGUUGCCCGGCCUAACAUCGGCUUUGACACCAACACUCAACGAUCUGCUCAAAGUGCCGGAGACAUUAAAUGUGGAUCAAGUUUUGUCGAAGGUUGUUGAAACCACCACCGAUAUACUCUUCAAUUUGCCCGCUGUUCUAACCACACAAGUUUGGUCUCAAAUCGCACCUUCAUUUAUGUAUAGCUUCGAAUAUAACGGCACACAUUCGAAAGGUAUACAUUUCUUGCGUGGCCUACCGAUCGUUUCGGAGCAAGCUAGUAAUAAUAAUACAGAAAUAGUAGCGCAUGGUGACGAACUCGGCUAUAUGUUUGAUGCAAAUGAUUUGUUCGGCAAUCCCAUAGCCGAAGCAAAGCUGGUGGAUGAAGAAGAACUGAAAGUGCGUAAAAACUUGAUUGGUAUGUUGGUGACGUUCGCCAAAUCGGUUGGCUCGGAAAAUAUGAAAGAGUCAGGCGGCGUACCGCUUUUUAAAAGCGUGACUGGCAAAGGUGUGCCCUUCAUAAAAGUGAAUACGGAACUAAGUGCCGACAGUGAUUUUCGUUUUUGUGAGCUCUCAGUGUUAGGUGCCUCAUUGACACCGCUGACUUCAACAACUUGUGAAAGUUUGGGCGGUUUGCUUACACCCUUAACGGGUGUAGUUGGUGGAACACUGGACGGUGUUGGUGGCGUGCUCGGCGGCGGUGAUGGAGACAAUGGUGGUGUAGUGGAUAAUCUUGGAAAUACUUUAGGUGGAGUGCUGGGUGGUGGUGGUGGUAGACCUGGUGGUGGUCGGGGAUCCGGCGAACAAUCGAAUGGCGGUGGUGGUCUGCUUGGUGGUAGACCCGUUGGUGGUCGGGGAUCCGGCGAACAAUCGAAUAGCGGUGGUGGUUUGCUUGGUGGUGGUGGUUUGCUGGGUUAAAAAUUGAAAGCUUCAUACAACUUUUUGUAAACAUACAACUAAUACAAAUUUAAUAGAAUCAGAUAAAUCGGCAAACUUAAUUCCAAUUAAUAUACGAUUUUUCAAAACCUGUACUGAGGAUUAGAAAAGACUAAUAAAUUAUAUCCAGUCA